AUGUCAGGAUUAUCUAGAGACCAUAUGGAUCUUAAUAAUCCUUUGCGGUUUGACUUAGAUACUAAAGGGCUCAUGGCAGACAGUAUUGGAGAUAGUAUUAAAAAGGAUCUAGACAAAAUGGGAAAAGAAAUAAAAGACAAAACAGAUAGAAUAGAUAAAGAGAUAAAAGAGGAGGCUACCAAGGCAAAGCAUAUUCUACCUUUACCACAAAACGUGAAAAAAGAUGAUAUUGAAAUAGAGGAGCGCGUGGGUGAAACAGAAAAUGCGACUUUAACUAUACGUGUUACUGCAAGGGAUUCUUCUGGAAAGAGUUCUGCCGUAAACAGUUUUGAAAAUGUAGAAAAAACAAUCACAAUAGCAAACAAUAAAAGAGUGGACAAAGCUAAAAUAGAGAACGAUACUCUUGUUAUAUAUAUGGAAGAUGAGUGUCCACGAAAUAGAUCAAUCUCAGUAGAAUAA